CGCUGGAUUUCUCCCUUCCUCUGCGAAUUCAACACAUUAUGAGUACCAGGAAAGUCCAUGAUGAACUUGUCCUUUCGAGAGACCCGGGACUAAAAUUCACAUCCAAAUGUGGUGAAACUUGUUGGGUACCACCGUGAAUGGGGAUUGGCUACCCCAUAUAUUAUGGAAUUGAACCGAAAUACUGCAUGACGGAACUCAUCAGAUGCCUUUGAGUGGGAACAUUGAAUGAAAUUGGCUACUAAAAUUGGAAGCUUGUUGAAGCUAUUUCAUUUCAAAGGAAUUUGUGCAUGGGGGUCUUGCCCCCGGCUGCAUUCUUCUUGAUGAGGUGAGUCUUGAGUUUUAGCAACACGAAUGCGGCUUUUGGAUAUCAGUUGCUAUAGGCCGAGACAGUGAAAUGAUUUGCAGAGUAAAUUGUUCAUCAGCAAGGUCAGGCCGGUUACUCAUUUGGGUAUUACUGAUUCCAGACCCUAACAGCAUUGCAACCAAUCACUUGAACUUCGAAUAUAUGAAAUGUACUAUCGGUACACUUUCAAUUUCAGUGGCGUCAAUUGUACCGCAUUGACCCACAAGAAAUCAUAAGGUCAUGACAUACUCCGUAAUUAAUACUCCAGCAGUCAAAGUCAAUCUUCCACUCUUGUUCUUGAUACUCAAUAGGAGAGAGACAGCCUCCUUGAAGUUGCUUGUUGCCCAAUUGUAUUCCGGUCCGAGGAUGAAUUGAUGACGGAGGAUGGAUAAUACAUUCCAUGCUGUCUUAUAGCCAGGAUUCUUGUUUUUGUUUCCCAUAAGACAAGAGUGACCUACUUUAAUGGUGACAUCAUCACCCUAAUUGCGUCUUUCAGUUGUGCCAAAUGUUGUGCUGCCUUUGUUUUUUUAGUGGUAAAGAGUUUCACGAAUUCCUCAAAUAUGGAUGAAUUCAUUGUCUCUGUCGGAAACUCUAGAGCACUAAGGACCGUGCAUUAUUGCACGUUUAGAGGUGGACAACCAUUGGAUUUGCCUGAAGGGCAUUAUGUGGUGAAGAGUUAUUGUUCACAAUGCAUAUAUUCCACAAAUUAUUUCAUAACAAAGAUGCACUACUUGGUUUACUUCCGUGGCAACAAGUUUGUGGAGAUGGGUGAGAAGAUAUGGAUUUGUGAUCUUACAACACUAUCCGAAGCCAACGAUUGGAAUAUACAAAGGAGGGGUUCAAGGCCCAAUUACAAGAAAUGAACAAAGAAGUACCAUCAAGAGGCCCAACUCCAAAAAGUGGAAAAAGAUGCAUCUGUCAGGGCCAUGCUAGGCAGACUGAAAUUCAACUUUUGCUGUGUGUUAGGGAAAGGCAAACAGUGGUGAAGGACCUUCCAAGUAAAAAGUCUAGGUUUUG